CUCUCCCUCUCUCUCUCUCCCAUACAAACGAUUCGGAGGAGAACAUGAGCAGUGCCGCGCGCUCCUGUGCUCGCGCUGAACGCGGUGGUCGCUCCUCUUCUGCGAGCCGGACGCUCUAACGGAGAGGAUCUCCAUUCAUCCAUCCAUCCAUCCAUCCAUCCAUCCAUCCAUCCACUUGCGCGCUGGGAAUAACGGAGCACGAUUGUUUCUCCAAACACAGACCCGGGAUCAAAAAGUCUGGUCCUUCUUCAUCUUCUUCUCGUCACCUUCUUCCUGGGUUUCCUAGUUCGCCGCGCGCGCUGAGAUGUUCCUUCAGGCGUUAGCGCGCGCCUGCGCCGGCUUGGUGGUCUGCACCCUGCUCGCCUUUGUCCCGCAACCGGCCGCCGCAUCCCUCAGCCGAUCCGCACACGAUGUGGACGAGUGUGUGGAGACCACGGACAACUGCAGCAUUGAUGCUAUCUGCCAGAACACUUUCAGAUCCUACAAGUGCAUCUGCAAGUCUGGGUAUACAGGAGACGGAAAGCAAUGCGGAGACAUCGACGAGUGUGAGAGCGACUAUAACGGAGGAUGCGUCCACGAGUGUAUAAACAUCCCGGGGAACUACCGGUGCACGUGCUACGACGGCUUCCGCCUCGCACACGAUGGCCAUAACUGCCUGGAUGUAGACGAGUGUUCAGAGGGGAAUGGUGGCUGCCAGCAGGUGUGUGUGAACAUGAUGGGGAGUUACGAGUGUCGCUGUAAAGAAGGCUUCUUCCUGUCCGACAACCAGCACACCUGCAUCCAGCGGCCCAAAGUGCGUAUGAAUGGGACAAAGGAAGGCCCCACUUGUAUGGACAAAAACCACGGCUGUGCUCAUAUCUGCAGGGAAACUCCGAAAGGAGGCAUCGCUUGUGAGUGCAGACCGGGCUUCCAGCUCACUAAAAACAGCCGCGACUGCAAGUUGACCUGUAACUAUGGUAAUGGCGGUUGUCAGCACAUCUGCGAGGAGACAGACCAUGGGCCACGCUGUUCUUGCCACAUGAAGUUCGCCCUGCACUCUGACGGCAAGACAUGUGUAGAGGAAAGGAGUAUCCAGCAGCAGCUACAUCAGCCACAGCUGUUACCCAAUGAAACCUGUGCGGUGAAUAAUGGAGGAUGCGACAGCACGUGUCACGAUGCUCUAACAGGAGUGCGCUGCAGCUGUCCGGUUGGAUUCACUCUCCAACCCGACCGUAAGACCUGCAAAGACAUCGACGAGUGCCGCACGAGUAACGGCAGCUGCGAUCAGAUUUGCCGGAACACCGUGGGAAGCUUCGAGUGUAGCUGCCGCAAAGGCUACAAGCUGCUCACGAAUGAGAGGACCUGUCAAGACAUAGAUGAGUGCUCGUUCGACCGUGCAUGUGACCACAACUGUGUCAACUCUCCAGGAAGUUUCGAGUGUCAAUGCCACAAAGGCUACGUCCUGUAUGGAGUCGCUCACUGCGGAGACAUCGAUGAGUGCAGUAUAAACCGUGGAGGAUGUAAGUAUGGCUGUUCGAACACGCUGGGCAGCUAUGAGUGUACGUGUCCACCUGGAUACAAACUGCACUGGAACAAAAAGGACUGUAUCGAGGUCGUGAAGUGUCCGUCCAGCCUGGUGGCGCCAAAAGCAACGCUCUCCUGCAGCAAGACGGGCAAAAAGGAAAGUUGUUCUCUGACCUGUGCAUCCAAAGCACACUAUCUGGCAGAGUCAGACAACAGUUACACAGUCAGCUGUGGUGUACGAGGAAAAAGCCAAAGUAGACUGAACUCCAGUAGCAGCCAGAGCUGCAUAGAGACUUUGGCUUCUCCAGUGAAGCAGACGGCCUCGUUCCGAAUCAAGAACGCCAAAUGCCAUCUGCACCCCAAGCUCAGGGGACGAGCAGAAGACGGAGGCAAGCAGAUUGGGCCAGGUGGUCAGCUCUGCAACAACUGCCAAGUCACCUUCGUUAAUCUGAAGUGCGAGUCGUCCAAGAAGACCAAAGGUCGCCAAACACGUAACCCAUCCAAUAAAGAGGUCACACGCAUCACUCUGGAACUGGAGGCAGAGAUAAAACCUGGAGACACUACCGGCAGCUGUGACCUGAGCUGUGUGAGGAAACAAAUGGAGCAGAAGAUGAAGUCUUCUAUCAAAGCUCUGAAGAAGUCCAUCAACCAGGAGAGGUUCCUGAUCCGAGUGGCAGGUCUGGAGUACGAGGUCGCUCAGAAGGUCACACAAUCUGCUGACAAACAGGAACACUGUGGCCCAGGGAGAGAGAGGGACAGCGGCCGAUGUGUCAGAUGUUUGCCUGGUUCUUAUUAUCACGGCGAGACGGAGCGCUGUGCGCAGUGUCCUCCUGGAACCUUCCAGGAGCGUGAGGGUCAACUGGCCUGUGACCUUUGCCCUGGAGGAGACCGCCAUGGCUCGCCGGGUGGCCGAAACAUCACUUCCUGCUCGGGUCAGUGUGCACCAGGAUAUUACUCCAGCGAUGGCUUUAAACCGUGCCAGCCGUGCUCUCGAGGCACAUACCAGCCUGACCAUGGCAGGACCCUCUGCUUUCCUUGUGGAGGCGGCCUCGACACAAAGAGAGAGGGAUCCAGCUCUUUUUACGACUGCGAGGUCAAAGUGUCUUGUCCACCGGGACAUUACUACAACACCUCUGUGCACCGGUGUAUCCGGUGUCCUUUGGGAACGUACCAAACAGACUUCAAACAGAAUUACUGUAUCUCCUGCCCAGGAAACACCACCACAGACUUCGACGGGGCGACCAGCGUGUCUCAGUGCAAGAACAGAGAAUGCGGAGGUGAAAUCGGAGAAUAUAUCGGCUACAUCGAGUCUCCGAACUACCCCGGAGAUUAUCCUGCUAACGUGGACUGCAUCUGGACCAUCAACCCUCCCAGCAAGCGCAAAAUCCUCAUCGUCGUACCAGAGAUCUUCCUGCCAUCCGAGGACGACUGUGGAGACGUGCUGGUGAUGAGGAAGAACUGGUCAGUGACGUCCAUCACCACCUACGAGACGUGUCAGACAUACGAGAGGCCGAUCGCGUUCACGGCUCGAUCACGCCGCCUCUGGAUCAAUUUCAAAUCCAACGACGUGAACAGUGCACGUGGCUUCCACAUCCCUUAUGUCACGUACGACGAGGACUACGAGCAGCUGGUGGAGGACAUCGUGAGGGACGGAAGACUUUACGCCUCGGAGAACCAUCAAGAAAUCCUGAAGGACAAAAAGUUAAUCAAGACGCUCUUCGACGUCCUGGCGCACCCCAACAACUACUACAAGUACACGGCUCGGGAUUCCAACGAGAUGCUGCCGCGCUCCUUCAUCCGGCUUAUCAGCAGCAAAGUGUCCGCCUUCCUCCGACCGUACAAGUAGCCGCUUCCGCUCCGAGGCUUCCUGCACUCCGGCCCACUCUGACAGCAGGCUUCAGUCUAAAGGGUUCAGCACACGCUUUAUUUCCAAACAAAUUCAACCAGGCUUUUGACUUUCAUCUCUCGCUUCACUAUGCACAUUCGGUUUCGCAUUUCUGAUUUUUAUUUUAUUUUUCAUUCCUUUUCCGAAAAGAAGACGGCGAAUAACGGCUUCAUGCAUUUCGCAGCGUACAGUAACGAGGGGUUUUCUUGUGCUUUUAAGAUCCUGUCACCACUCCGUGUCCUGAUGUCUGGAAUAUAUAAUGUAGGAGGUGCAAUAUUCCCGUGAGCACCAGGAAAAACUGUUCUAUGUCUUGAUUUAAGGUGUCAUGCCUCGAUCCUUCCAUCCCAAACAAUCCGUAGAGGACACGCCUGCAUUUUGAGCAUCAUAGCGCUCACUGGGACGUCGCACGAUCGGGUUAGUUCGAGGUGCCGGAAGGCGAGAGAGGGUUUAGUCAAUAAGCACGAUUGUGAGCUGAGCUUCUGAUCUACUGCCACCCCAUCCCCCCCCCCCGUCCUCCCCCUCCCCCAUAGCGCGUCGCUCUCGCGUUCGUACAAUAUAUUCGUCAUAUAAUCCGUCUUUUUUUCCCGUCCCGUUUUACUUCAUAUCGUCGUUCAGCUCUCAGAACGUCUUCAGUCGUCCUGUCACGCUGUUAAAACAGUACUUUUCCGUCCGUCCGCGUUGUGUUACUCGUUCCGCGGUUGUUUGCGAGCGUAUAUGAGUUAAUGUAACGAGGCCUAGUGAAGAUGUAGUGCAUUAUUACGAGACUGAAUCGAAAGAGAAUCGAGUUGCAGUGAGAAAUGGAUUCUGCAGAGAACCGAGCUGAGAUGUGUGUGUGUGGGUGGUUGUUUUUGUUGUUGUUGUUGUUUGGUUUUUUUUGCGACUAAUUGCUGCUUCUUUGAUUUGGAGAAGAAAAAAAAAUGUCACUUUAAACUACAUUAAAUUCGAACCUUUUGACCUCCCCGAAGGCCCUCAAAGGGAAAAUCCACCAGAAACUAUAUAUAUAUAUAUAUAUAUA